AGUGUCCUGGGUUCAAGCCUUGGUACUUUAAAAAAAAAAAAAAAGGGACUCAGCUGUAUAUUACAAAGACAAAUUUGUAAGUUACAUUGGGAUUUUUCAGUUUAUGUUCUAAGUUAGGUUGCAGCUUUAUACACACAAAGACUCAAAUAUGUGAAUAGAGGGCUUUCUUCAGCCAAAUUAAUUGAACAUACCAAUACAAGGACGCAUUGUCAAAGUCUACACAGGCUGUCUUGCAGAGAAGCUCCAUCUUUGAGGAGCCUCAUGUGACUCUUCAGGUGUUAUUUCUCCUGUACUUCAGGUCCCAACAGGUGUCCCAUAGAGGCAUCAGAGGACCUCAGGGCAGGAACAGGAUAAAUGGUAUAGAUUCUUUCAGAGGCAUUGUUGGUUGUAGCUUCCCAAAGGUGGUCAGUGCUUCCUUGGAACUUCAGAAGUCCAUGACUUUGCAAUCAAAAUGCUGGAUAGUGUGAGGGCGCAGUCUGGUACCUCCCUUCCAGCCCAACUUCCUUAAGGAAUCCUGGGCUAUGCAGGAAGCUAACUGUCGAGACCUCUGUGGAAGCACUGGGAUUUUGGAGGACCCUCAGAUCUCUCAGGAAACAGGCAGCUGUCAGGAAGCAGCUGUUCCUUUCUCUAAGUGCCUUCCCAGAGCCUGACUCCAUAGGCCUGUGUGCUGGGACUGUAGCCCAGCCAUCUUUGAUUCUCUUACAGUAUAAUCAAGAUGGUGUUUGUUCAGAGAAAGAGAAAUGAGUCAAAGAUCAUAGUAAUGUUCUGUCUGAAUUGUUGAUAGAUGAAUUUUUUUUAUUAUUCUUUUAGACUGCAUGCACUUUUAUAUACUUUUCUAUAUGAUUUUUGUCAUAUAGAAGUCCUAGGGUUUCUGAAAGUGAGCAUCAUUGUCCUAGCUGGGAGGAAUCCUGGGCACUGAGCCAGGGAACAGAUCACUUCCUUUUUCCUGUUCCAUGAUAACUCCUAUUCAUGCUCCUGUCUGGAUGCUGGCUACCUAUGCCUCAGAUCUUCUCUGAAGGGCUGUGUUGAUCCUGGUGGAUAGUGACUCUCCUCACAUUUUCUCUGUUUCUCCUCAGCUGCAGCCCUUCUCUGAGAGGGAUACCAGGUGAUGGCAGCCAUGCUCCUGACAGCCUGGCCCCAGAAGUCGGUGACCUUUGAGGAUGUGGCUGUGUACUUCACCCAGACGGAAUGGGAUGGCCUGUCUCCUGCGCAGAGGGCCCUGUACAAGGAUGUGAUGCUGGAGAAUUAUGGGAAUGUGGCCUCCCUGGGAUUUUCACUUCUCAAACCUGCUGUGAUCUCACGACUGGAAGGAGGAGUAGAUCUUGAUAUCCAGACUGGCAGUAAUUUGUCCAAAGAAAUGUGUGAAGAAAAAAUUAGUACAUCAUUUGAACUUCACAAGGACUCUUCCCAGGAAACAGAUUUUUCAGAAGCCUUUAUGCUUGAGCAACAACAGGAAGUCCACUUAGCAGGAAGUAUGAAGGAGGAAAACAGCUGUGUCACUGAUGGUACAGUGAAAAAUGAGACAAGUCCUAUGGAGGAGUGUCUCUAUAGUCAGAGUUCAAACUCAUUUCAAUAUCGUACCACAUCCACUGGAGAGCAAUACCCUGGUUCUAUAGGACAAGAGAAAGUCUUCAGCUUUGACACAAAACUCGUUAAGCAUGAAAUAAUUGAUACUGAAGAAAGACCUUUGAAAUAUGAAGAAUUAGUGGAAACUUUAAAGUGUGACUCUCAACUUAAUCAGCAACUAGAAAGCUACACUAGUGUGGACAAACCUUUCAAAUGUGUGGAGUGUGGGAAAUGCUUCAGCUACAGUUCACAUUAUAUUACACACCAAAGAAUCCACAGUGGAGAGAAACCCUAUCAGUGUAAGGUGUGUGGGAAAGCCUUCAGUGUUAAUGGGAAUCUAAGUAGGCACCAGAGGAUCCAUUCAGGAGAGAAGCCCUAUCAGUGCCAGGAGUGUGGAAAUGGCUUCAGUUGUAGUUCUGCAUAUAUCACACAUCAGAGAGUCCACACCGGGGAGAAACCUUAUCAGUGUAAUGACUGUGGGAAGGCUUUUAAUGCUAAUGCAAAGUUAAUUCAACAUCAGAGAAUCCACACUGGAGAGAAACCUUAUGAAUGUAGUGAGUGUGGGAAAAACUUCAGGUGCAGCUCCCAGCUUAGACAGCAUCAAAGUGUCCAUACUGGAGAGAAGCCCUUUCAGUGUAAAGAGUGUGGGAAAGCCUUCAAUAAUAAUGCAAAACUCAUUCAGCAUCAGAGAAUACACACAGGUGAGAAACCCUAUCAGUGCAAUGAAUGUGGAAAAGCCUUUAAUAUCAAAGGGAGGUUAAUUCAGCACCAGAGAAUCCAUACUGGUGAGAAGCCCUAUGAAUGUAAUGAAUGUAGGAAAGCCUUUAGGUGUAAUUACCAACUUCGGCAGCAUCUGAGAAUCCACACUGGGGAGAAACCCUAUGAGUGUAAUGAGUGUGGAAAGGCCUUCAAUGUUAGUGCAAAACUAGUGCAGCAUCAGAGAAUUCACACUGGGGAGAAACCCUUUGAAUGUAAUGAAUGUGGGAAAUGCUUUACCUCUAAAAGAAAGCUACUUGAUCAUCAUCGAAUCCAUACUGGAGAAAAGCCUUAUCAAUGUAAGGAAUGUGGAAAAGCCUUCAGUGUCAAUGCCAAGUUAACGAGGCAUCUGCGAAUACAUACUGGGGAGAAACCUUUUAAAUGUAUGGAAUGUGAGAAAUCAUUCAGUUGUAGUUAUUACUAUAUUGUCCACCAGAGAAUCCAUACUGGAGAGAAACCCUUUCAAUGCAAAGAAUGUGGAAAAGCCUUUCAUGUUAAUGCCUAUCUAAUUCGGCAUCAGAGAAGCCACACUGGGGAGAAACCUUUCCGAUGUGGGGAGUGUGGCAAAGGCUUCAGCUUUAGUUCUGACUAUAUUAUACACCAGACUGUCCACACUUGGAAGAAACCUUAUGUGUGUAAUGUGUGUGGGAAAGCCUUCAGAUUUAGCUUUCAACUUAGGCAACAUCAGAGUGUCCAUAAUGAAGGAAAAUCCUAAUAGUGAGAAUGAUGUAGAAAACUGAAGACUAAUAUUGAAAUGGAUUAUGUAUCAUCAGAUUCACCCUGGGGAAAUACCUUGAAAAAGAAAUGAAUACAGCAGUCUUCUCAUGGAAACAUCUCCUGUUUUAUUCAGUUUUUAAUCAGAAGUGUAUAGUCAGUUAAAAAGUAAUAUCUAAAAAAUGUAUAACAUUGUUUUGUGAUGACAGCCAAUCAGGAAACAAGAUUAAAGAAAAUAUCUCACUCCUAGCAACAUCAAGAAAAGUGAUUUUCUAGGUAUAAAUAAUUAUUUUGUAGGACCUGUAUGGAGAAAAUUAUAAUUAUCCACUGAGGGCCACCAGAAGAAACUUGAAUAAGUGGAGAAGAGAAGCCUUGUUCUUGCAUAGGAAAACCCAUUUUUUAAAGAUGUUCACUGUACCUAAAUUAAUUAAUUUCUGUUUAAUUUUUGGCAACAAGCAUGCAUUACUUUUGUAAAGAGGAAAAACAAUAAAAAUUUCCUUUAGAAAGGAAAACAAGUGAAUAUUUUUAUGAAAUAGAGGCAGCAUUUCAAAGCUUCAAAUGAAAGCUAAAAAGCCAGCAAUAAGGAAAAUAUUGAUAAACUGAUCAUUCAGAAUUAAAGUUUUCUGUACAUUUUUGUUUUAAAUAAUCCCAAAUAAGGCUAAAAGAUAAAACACAAAAUGUGGAAAUACAUUUGUAAAAUUUGUGAUAAGAAAGUGUAAUAUCUAAUAUAUAGGGAAGUUUUACAAUUGAAAGAUAAGUAACAAUAAAAACCUUCAAAUGA